UCCCAAUUCGGUCUUCUAAUUUUCUGUUCCAUACUUGGAAAGAUUACAGGCAUGUGGUAAGAUUUGGCCUUGGUUACUGAAGGCAUCCAAACCUGCGUGGUGAUGGCUUCCAGAUUUCAGCACACAGUGAAUCUUCACAUUAUAAUUUUCCUACAGAUAGUUCAUUUGAUUAAAGGUCAGUUAAGAAUUAUACCUCCUUACGAUCCUGUGCUUGGAGUUGUUGGAAUGGGAGUCACCCUGCCCUGCCAGCUGGAAGCUAAGACAAUCUCAGAGGGAGUACUUGUUCAGUGGACAGUAAUUGGAAAUCCCGUAAACUAUGAAGUGACUACCUAUGAUGGAAGAAAUGCACAGAAUCCAGUAAAGGAGAAUAAGGCAUACCUGGGCCGUACAAAUUUUUUUCUGAGUGAAGUUACUAAGGGGAACUUAUCCCUUCACCUGAAAAAUGUCAUGGUCUCCGACAAAGGGAAAUAUAUCUGCAGUGUCUCUUUGGAGAACUGGUACGAUGAAGUGGUGGUUGACCUGAAUGUGGCAGCUCAAGGUAAGGACUCUGCAGUUCAUAUGGAUGGCCACGUGGAUCAGGGCAUUGGAGUCACCUGCAAGUCCCAGGGAUGGUUUCCACAGCCUGAGGUAAUUUGGCUGGACAGCAAAGGACAGACAAGGAAGGAGAAAGUGGUCACACAAAGACUGCAGACUUCUUCAGGCCUUUUUGACGUUGUCAGUUCCAUGGCCCUAGAACCAGGAACUGACAUGGAAGUCUCCUGCAGAAUAGUCAAUGAUAUCCUCAACACAGCACGUGAAUCGCGAGUCCUGGUUUCAGAGGUCUUCUUUCCAUCCACUUCACCUUGGAUGACCGCAUUCCUUGUGAUUAUAUUUUGUGCUGUGGCUGUUAUCGCUGCUGCAGGCUAUAAGCUGAAGAUUCAUUAUGCAAGAAAACAAAAAGAAGAAACAACGAUGGACGAGCUCAAAAAGAACAAAGAGGAUUUGGAGAAAGACUUAGACUCAGAGAAGAGGACACGUGAUGCAGGAUACUCUGCAACGAAACAUUGGCUUGACAUACUAGAAUGUGAAUUGGAUUUCUGGAAAGCUCAGGACAAAGCAGUUCCCUUUACGGUGAAUUCUGAAUGCCAACUCCUCAAGAUCCAAGUGCCAGGGGCUCCAGAUGUUGAAAGCAAUGCAACUGAACCUGCUGACCUGAGCAGCCCCUUCACAAUCCCUGUCCUGGUGGCAAAGGAAGGGUUUGCAUCUGGGAAACACUACUGGGAAGUGGAUGUGGGCCAGCAGCAGGACUGGGUGCUGGGGGUCAUGAGGCACAAAGGGAAACAAGAGGAGCAAGGGAUACUUGCAAGAGGGGACUUCUGGGCUCUGCAGAAAACCAGGGGAGAGGUUUUCUCUAUCAAAGGAAACAACAGGCCAGAGAAGAAGGAAAUGAAUGACGCAAUGAUUGGUGUGCUUCUGGAUUUGGAGGAAGCACAAGUCUACUUUUACGAUGCAAAGAAGAGAAGCAAAGCAUUGAGAAUAUCUAUAAGCCUUGGAAAGGAAUCUGCAGAAGUGUUUCACCCUUUUCUAUCGAAAGGGGAAUUGAGAUUCAUGCCUGUUUGUCAUCAAAAUAUUCCCGUUCCACUAACGAAUCCAUAAAUUGCUCAGAGAAUUGUCUAGGGAAGGACAGUUCAGUCAAAGGUAAAAGGGAGAAAUCACGAACAAACGUCAGCAUAAUGUAAAACAAAAUGAGAAAGAAAGACGUAGAUAAGAAAGGCACAAAAUUCUAGAGAGGACAAAAGAACCAGUUAGGAUUAUUAGGUUGGAGCCAUAUUCAGAAAACCCUGGUUAGUUGAUUGAGUUCUUGUUAUUGAGUAAGAAAGUCUCAAGUUUACAAAACAUAUUCAGUUCCCAGAAGUGACAGCUGUAAUUUAGGAGGUGCUAUAUAACCUGUCUUUCCAUCACUUUGCUGCGGGAGGAGUUGCAUCCAUGCUCAUUUCCAAUUUGCGUUUAAGUUUGUUGGAAUCCAUUUAAUUAGGCAAGCCCAAUUCCACUAUAUUUGUAUCAAGAAACUAAAUAAAUGUUAUCUGAUGGAAAAAAAAA